GAAAACUUGCCAUUCAUGUACAAAAAUCAUCUGUUGCAUUGCCACAGCUCAGUCAGCCACAAGACGGGACCGCGGACACGCGACCGCCAUUUUCUUUUUCAAAUUUUAAUUUUCGAACGCACCCCUGUUAAUGCAAUGUCAAAUAUGAACGGAAAAGACGAACAGCCCAUAGUACCCCCAUCGUCCCUAAUCCGACGAGUCUCCUCUCGGUCCAUACGAAACUCCAUCUCCGAGGAUAAGGAGAAUGGAGAGAACGUGAAAAGCUUCGUCUCGAAAUACAAGAAGACCCCGGAAGCGCUAAAAAGUUUUCACAUGACGGAUGGAGACAGCGAGCUAGAGGUGCCUGGAACGCCAAUGACGCCUAGGACAUCCACAACCCCUGGACACGAGAACUGCACGUUCCACCACGACCUGGAACUGGACCACAGGCCGCCCACCAGAGAGGCCCUGCUACCUGAUAUGGCCAGCUCUUACAGAUUGCUGCUCACAGGUUUAGGAGAGGACCCAGACAGGCAGGGCCUGCUGAAGACCCCUGAAAGAGCUGCCAAAGCUAUGCUGUUCUUCACUAAGGGCUACGACCAGAGCCUUGAAGAGGUCCUAAACGAAGCGAUCUUCGACGAGGACACGGACGAGAUGGUGGUGGUGAAGGACAUCGAGAUGUUCUCCAUGUGCGAGCACCACCUGGUGCCCUUCUACGGCAAGGUCUCCAUCGGGUACCUGCCGCAGGGCAAGAUCCUUGGACUUAGCAAGCUGGCCAGGAUAGUGGAGAUCUACUCCCGCCGCCUGCAGGUGCAAGAGAGACUGACCAAACAGAUCGCUAUCGCAGUCACCCAGGCCGUCAGACCGGCGGGCGUGGCCGUCGUCAUCGAGGGAGUUCACAUGUGUAUGGUGAUGCGUGGGGUCCAGAAGAUCAACAGCAAGACCGUGACCUCCACCAUGCUGGGGGUCUUUCGCGACGACCCCAAGACCAGGGAGGAGUUUCUGAACCUCGUGCACUCCAAGUGAGAACGAUGCCGUCGCUGCCGCUCGCUCGAGCCUUAAAGUCUCAAGUCUUAGCCUGUAAGGCUCGAACGAGCCUUUGAGGCUUAAGCUGGAAUUUAAGGCUAGACUGAGCCUUUGAGGCUUGGACUUGAAUUUAAGGCUAGACCGAGCCUUUGAGGCUUGGACUUGAAUUUAAGGCUAGACCGAGCCUUUGAGGCUUGGACUGGAACUUAAGGCUCGAGCAAGCUCUAGGCUUUAUUGAUAGCCUCUGGAAUAAUUAUGAUUAUUAACGCAAAUUAAAUUAGCAAAAUAACGCUUGGUUUUAUAAAGAAUUGUUGAACGUUUUUAAUUGAACUAAUUUCUUUUUUCUUUUCCUUCUUAAUUUCUAUAGUUAUUUACUCAUUUUUAUAAAACCAAGCUUUGGAACUCCUAAUAUAAUGCACGAAAUUACUACGCUUGCCAAAUUUCAAUAUGAUAUUAAAAACAAUCCAGUGUGGAUUUUAUUUUUAUUUAUUAUUGAUGCGGUGUUGAUUCCAACUUAAACUCAAGAACAAUAAAAAUGUGUUAGUAAAUAAACAGUCAUUAAAAAAAAACCAUUUCUAAUGGUUUUCACGUAAAGUUUUUCAAGAUAAUGUAUUACACCAAUAUUUAUUGAACGAUAAUAUUUAUGGUAAGCUCAGUAAUUUUGUGCGUUAUUUUGUUUCUUUUUUAUUGCCUGCUUUUUUUUAAUAAAAAGCGUUGUUACUUUUGAAUUAAAUUAAUUUUAAUCCGGUUGCAAAAUUGUUACUAUCUUUUAAAUACUUUAUUCUUGUUGUUUUGUAUUCAGUUUCAAUAUUUUUAUUUCUUUGCUUUUUUUGUACUUUUUCCAGUAUUUAAGUAAUUUUGUAAACGGGAUUUAUAACUGCCUUAGUUUUAGGUAUAUUAGUUUGCUUUAUUGCUUGUCGAAUAUAUUCGUUAUAAAUAUAUUUUUGUAAUUGAAAUUUACAUAGGUAGGUAACCUAAUACAAAAGAGCAAAAGUUUACAUGACAAUAAAAUAAGAUUUUAUGAGAAAUAUGGUAAAAUAUAUUGCCCAAUUACCACGUUUCUCAUAAGUUAAAUGAAAUUUAGGCAUUUUAUAUUAAUUUAGUUAUAUUUUUAUGUUUUAAUUGGAAAUAAGUGGACCAAUCCAUUUGUAAUAUUCUUUUUGAUUUAAACAAAAAUCUCAAGUAAUUAAUGGCUGAUGCUUGACAUUUUUGAAAAAUAAACAUAUUUUUGAUGUUUUAUUUAUAAAUUUUAUAUUUACGCCAAUGACGUUGCCUUAAAAUUAAAUUAUGAAUGUAAUGAUUUUUGAUGUUUUAAAUUAUACAAAAUAAUGAAUGUAAUUUGAAAAGUAUUCUCAUUUAAACAAUAAAGGUUUUAUUUUAAGUUGAA